UGCAAAAUGAAUUCAAUGACGAAUUGGAACAGAUUUAAAAAUGGCCGCUCAAUCUGAAGAUAUGUUUUCACAUGAGACCGAUACGAUAGAACAAUCAAAGAAAGAAGUAAAAACAUAUAUUAAAGGUAUCGAGAAAGAAAAAGAAAAAUUUUACGCAGCAAUUUUCUUAAGCACCGUCACUGGCCUGUCUGCUUUUAUCGGCUUUGGUACAACACUUGCCUCGGUAAGAAAGAAAGAUCCAAAAUACUUUGACAAAGGAUUAACCGGAUCUAGAAGGCUCCAAGAAACAGGCACAUUGUUAGCCUUCAGAGCACUCUGUUGGGGUACAUUCUAUGCCGUAACAGGAUGCGGUCUUCUGUUUUAUGGUAUCUGGAAGAUCUCUGGUGCAAAAAAUGCUGAAGAAUUUAGAUAUAAAAUGGGAUCGCUUUUACCAAAGAUUCCUAAAAAUAAUCCUCCACAAAGUAGAGUAGAAUUCGAAGGUUUGACCGAUCUUCUUACGUAUAUUGCCGAAGAUUGGGGUAAAAAAAAGGACUGAAAGAUACUCUUGUGUACUCAUUCAUCAAGCUGAAGUUUAUGAAUUUGUAAUGCAAACGCAUCUUUCAUCGUUAGAAAAAUAAUAAUUUGUAUAAAGUAAUA